UCGUGGCUAAGCCCACUUUACUAAUGUAUAUUUGUGUUUGAUUCGCAAUAUAUAAAUGCCUUGAUAAGUAUUUCGCAUGUUUGGUUCAAACGGUAAAACAUCGGAUAACAAAUAUAAUUGAUGAAUAUACCCCCAUUAUAUUUUCGAAAGUACUAUGAUGCCCCCAUUUUUUGGCGAUUCUUAUACCCCAUUUUUUGGCGAUUCAUCUUUCCAAUUUUUCGCGCGCCCCAAAUCAGCGAAGGAUUUUCUUCGUCAGUCCAGAUUUUUCGCGAGCCCCAAAUCAGUGUAGGAUUUUUUUCAUCACUCCAGAUUUUCUCGCGCCCCAAAUCAGUGUAGGGUUUUUUUCAUCACUCCAGAUUUUCGCGCGCCCCAAAUCAGUGUAGGGUUUUUUUCAUCACUCCAGAUUUUCGCGCGCCCCAAAUCAGUGUAGGGUUUUUUUCAUCACUCCAGAUUUUCGCGCGGCCCAAAUCAGUGUAGGGUUUUUUGGCGCUAUUUAUAUCCUCAAAUCAAUGUUGUGUUUUUCAUUCUUCCAAGUCAUUUUUCGCGCAACAAUGAGCUCUGCGAUGCAAGGCAACAGUGACAUGGUUCGUGCUCGUGGCAACAAAACCGAUAAGACUCGUCGGAGUUGGACCAUGAGAGAGGAAGAGGUUUUACUUGCGGCUUUGAAGGAUUUAGUGGUGCAGGGAUGGAAAUCUGAUAAUGGUUUCCGAGCAGGUUACCUGAAUAAGUUGGAGGAUGCCAUGAGGAAGGAAUUCCCAAAUACCGAUUUGAAGGGGAUGCCCCAUAUCAACUCCAAGACAACUGCCUGGAAAAAGAACUACUACUCCUUAUCCGCUAUCCUAAACAGGAGUGGAGUUGGCUUCAAUCUCAAAGGAACCCACAUGAUUGAGUGCAAUGAUGAUCAAUGGCAACAAAUCGUGAAGUGCGAUGCAAAUGCUAGGUUGAUGAGGUUCAAAAGUUGGCCUCACUUAGAUGAUUGGAGUCUGAUUUUUGGCAAGGAUAGGGCGACGGGCGAGCACGCCGAGGAUGUGAUGGAUGCUGUGAAUGACCUUCACCGCAAUCCAGAUUUGACUCAACCCCAUAUUGAUGAAAGCUACCAUGUGCAACUAGAUGAUGCUUUUUCGGAAGAUAUAUCGGAGGACAGUGUGAGUCAAAAUCAAAAAGGGGAAGCAACUUCAAGAGGGGCCUCUAAGAAGAGGAAGGUGAAUGAUAAUCUGCCUGGAAUGCAUGAGCUAUUGGUCGAAAUCAAUCGCACCACUGACAAGAGGCUCGAGACCAUAGCUAGCAGAAUUGGCUACGACUUUGAUCUUUCGAAGGCGAGAAAGGAAAUUUUUGCACAGUUAAGCCGCUUUGAAGCUUUGUCUCUCAAUGACAAAUUUGACGCUUGUGAGUUGAUUACUAAGGAAGUGGAGAAGCUUGACAUCUUCACCAGCCUACCUGAUGAAGCCAAGGAACAGUAUGUGCUGCGUAUUCUCGCAAUGAGAUACAACUAG